CUGCAUUGACGUCAUAGUCAUUGUUAAUUGCAGUUAAUUGUCAGAUUAAAUUGCACAAGUGCCAUGAUUAUUACAAAUAAUUAAUAUCCUAAAAAGAAAAAAAUAAAAAAAACAACAACAAAAUCUCAUUCUUUCCAUUAGAUUAUUUAAUCGAAAAUGUUUCUCAAUCGAAGUAGACAACUUUUAAUGGCUCGUGGAAUAUUUUUUGAGCAACGAGCUAUUCCAAUAAAAAAUUAUCAACAUAUUGAUUGUUUAUCAACAAAUAUCAAUUGUCAAAGUAAUAUUAUUGUACGUAAUUUUCGUAAUUUUGGUCAUGGACCACGUCCACAAAGUAGAGCUAUGAAAUGGUAUCUCAUUUGUCUUGCAACUGGUAUGAUAGGAGUCAUAACAAAUUGGAAAAGUAUUGGAAAAAUGUUAUUUCCACGAGUUGAUGCUGCUGAAAUGCUUAAAGAAAGAUCAAAUAUUGUUGAUGAAAAUACAACCGAAGAGCCAAAAAAGAAAAAGAAAAAACAAAAAGUUGGAUUUCGUGAUAGAAAGAUAAUUGAGUAUGAAAAUCGGAUGAGAUCUUACUCAACACCCGAUAAAAUUUUUCGUUAUUUCGCGACAGUCAAGAUUUCAAGCUUGGAUGGUACUGAAGUCUACAUGACACCCGAUGAUUUUCUAAGAGCAAUUACCCCUGGCAUGAAACAACCAGAUGGUAAAUCAUUUAAAAGACUUGGAUUGGACAAGUACAAACGAUUUGAUCCAAAGGGUAUUCAAAAUAAAUUAGAAUUGGAACUUGAUGAAAAUAGUAUUUUUUACAAACUUGGAAGUGCUGGUUUGAUAACAUUUUCUGAUUAUAUAUUUCUACUAACUGUUUUGUCAACAUCAAGAAGACAUUUUGAAAUAGCAUUUCGUAUGUUUGAUUUUAAUGGUGAUGGUGAUGUUGAUUCUGAUGAAUUUGGUAAAGUUGCAACAUUAAUUAGACAACAAACAAGUAUUGGUACACGUCAUCGUGAUCAUUCAGCAACUGGUAACACAUUUAAAGGUGUUAAUUCAGCAUUAACAACAUAUUUUUUUGGUCCAAAAAUGAAUGAAAAAUUAACAAUUGAAAAGUUUCUUGAUUUUCAAGAACAAUUACAAAAAGAAAUUCUUAAUCUUGAGUUUGAACGUCGUAAUCCAGAUGCAAAUGGUAAUAUAACAGAAACAGAUUUUACUGAAUUACUUCUUGCAUAUGCUGGUUAUCAUGAAAAAAAAAAAUCUAAAAUGUUAAAAAGAGUUAAAAAAAGUUUUAAAGAUAAUGCAAAAGGUAUUAAUAAAGAAGAUUAUUUAAAAUUUUUUCACUUUUUAAAUAAUAUUAAUGAUGUUGAUACUGCAUUGACAUUCUAUCAUAUUGCUGGUGCUUCAAUUGAUCAAGUAACACUUAAACAUGUUGCUAAAACAGUUGCACAUGUUGAUUUAUCUGAUCAUGUUAUACAAGUUGUUUAUACAAUUUUUGAUGAAAACAUGGAUGGACAAUUGAGUAAUCGUGAAUUUGUUGCUGUCAUGAAAAAUCGUGUUUUAAGAGGACUUGAAAAACCAAAAGAUACUGGUUUUGUUAAGCUUCUUCAAUCCAUGGCAAAAUGUGCCAAAAAUAGUUAUACUUUUGACAAGUAAUGCUCAACAGUUUAUAACUAUUCAACUUUGCUAAAUAUAAAUUUAAAUAUCAUUUUAAUUUAACAGCCAUAUUAAUAAUUAUUGUAAUUUAUUUAUUUUUUAUUUUUCAUCAAUACUAAAAUGAAGUUAACUUAUUUGCCAAUUAUAUCAAAAAAAAAAAAAAAUAGUUGUUUAUAUUAUUUAUCAAAAUGUUAAUUUAAAAAUGAAAUAAAGAAUAAACAGUUAUUUAAA